AUGUCGGUUCUUUCGAGUACCAAUCUCAAACUGACGGCAUUAGGCAGAGAGGGUCGAUUGAAGGAGGCGCUGCACAUCCUGCUUACUUCCUACGACCCCCCUCGAGACACUUCUACAUAUCUUCAACUAUUGGAGGCCUGCAAUAUCAAGAAUGCGCUUUCACAAGGUAAACAAAUCCAUUCUCUUAUCAUCAACUGGGGAUUUGCAUUUGCUAAAUGCAGAUUUUUUCAAACUAAGCUCGUCAACAUGUAUGUCAAGUGUGGAAGAUUGGUUGAUGCUCGUAAGGAGUUUGAUGACAUGACAGAACGAGAUGGGUUCUCAUGGAAUGCGAUCAUUGCAGCUUACAGAAGGCAUGGAUAUCCUCACGAGGCAUUGACAUUGUUUCACCAAAUGCAACGAACAGGUGUUCAACCCGAUCGGUUCACUUUUGCCACCAUACUCCCUGCCUGUGCCAAAAUAAGAGCCCUGGAACAGGGUAUGGACAUGCAUGGAAGCAUAAUUGAAAGGGGGAUUUUGUCAGAUGUAGUAGUUGUAAAUGCCCUGGUAGAUAUGUAUGCAAAAUGUGGAAGCAUAAACAAGGCACGCGAGCUGUUUGACAAAAUACCCCAUAAAAAUGAGGUUUCCUGGAAUGCGAUGAUUGCAGGAUACACACAAAAUGGUGAUCUUGACGAGGCUUUAAGGCUUUUCAAUAAAAUGCCUCGACCGGAUAUCGUCUCAUGGAAUGCCAUGGUUACGGGAUAUGUACAAAAUGGGUUGGUUGAAAAGGCCUUGGAUGCUUUUAAACAAAUGCACUUGGCAGAUUUAAAGCCAAACUCCACAACCUUUUCCAGCAUCCUCUCAGCCUGUGCCGAAAUGGGAGGUUUAGAACAAGGUAUUAAAAUCCAUCAAUUCAUAAUCGAAAGUGGAUUUUUAUCAGAAGUCGUAGUUGUUAACGCCCUGAUAGACAUGUAUGUAAAAUGUGGAAGUAUACCCAAGGCACGUCAACUGUUUGACAAAAUGCCUCAACGAGAUGUUGUUACGUGGACCGCAAUGAUUGCAGGAUAUGCACAAAGUGGUUUUCUUGAAAAAGCCUUGGAAAAUUUCAAGCAAAUGCAAUCGGCAGGUUUUAAGCCAGAUUCCACAACCUUUGCCAGCAUCCUCCCAGCCUGUUCCAAACUGGGAGGUUUAGAACAGGGCAUGGAUAUCCAUAAAAGCAUAAUUGAGAAUGGAUAUUUGUCUGAUGUCGUACUCGCAAGUAUCUUGGUAGACAUGUAUGCAAAGUGUGGAAGCAUAAAGAAGGCAUCCAUGAUAUUUGACAAAAUGCAUCAACGAAACAUUGUCUCAUGGAAUACUAUGAUUGCAGGAUAUGCACAAAAUGGUUUUUCUGAAAAGGCCUUGCAAACUUUUAAGCAAGUGCAAUCAGCAGGUUUAAAGCCAGACUCCACAACCUUUGUCAGCAUCCUCCCGGCCUGUGCCAAACUAGGAUCCUUAGAACAGGGUAUGGACAUCCAUCAAAGCAUAAUUGAAAGCGAAUAUUUGUCAGAUGUCAUAGUUGUAAACGCUCUGAUAGACAUGUAUGCAAAAUGUGGAAGCAUUCAGAAGGCACGUAAAUUAUUUGACAAAAUGCCUCAGAGAAAUGUUAUCUCAUGGAAUGCCAUGGUGGCAGGAUACGCACAAAAUGGCUUUUGCAUUGAUGCUCUCAAACUCUUUGAACAAAUGAAACAAUCUGGAACAUAUCCUGAUCAUGUAAGUUUUGCUUGUGUUUUAUUUGCAUGCAGCCAUGCAGGUUUAGUAGAUGAGGGAUGUAAAUAUUUCAAUAGCAUGAGUGACUGUUCUUGCAUUAUGCCUACAAUUGAUCAUUAUGUGCGCAUGGUUGAUGUCCUUUGUCGUGCUGGCUAUCUUGAGGAAACUCUAAACUUUAUCAUCAAAAUGCCAAUUAAACCUACGGUGGUUGUCUGGACAAGUUUGCUUGGCGCCUGUAGAUCGCAUAAGAAUAUAACGUUAGGAGAAUUUACAGCAAAUCUCCUUCUUGAGCUGGACCCUAAUAAUCCUGCAAUUUAUGUCCUUCUAUCAAACAUCUACGCAGACGUGGGCAGGUGGGGUGAUGUUCAAAUGGUAAGAAGAUUGAUGAAAAAUGGAGAAAUUAAAAAGAUACCGGGAUGUAGCUGGAUUGAAGACCAGAAAAUUUUACAUGCUUUUUGUGUAGGAGACAGAUCACACCCACAGACACAAGAGAUCUAUGCAAAGUUGGAGAAAUUGUCUUGGGAGAUGAAGGUGGAAGGAUAUUUGCAAGAUUCAAGACAUCUACAGGAUGAUGUGGAGGAGGAGGAAAAGGAAUUAUUCAACUACCACCAUAGUGAGAAGUUGGCAAUUGCUUUUGGAUUGUUAAACACACCGCCAGGAACAACAAUUAGAGUUGUCAAAAACCUUCGAGUAUGUGUUGACUGCCACAAUGCAACCAAGUUUAUCUCCAAGAUUGUUGGAAGACAAAUUGUUGUGAGAGAUGCGAACCGAUUCCACCAUUUCAAGCAAGGACAAUGUUCUUGCGGAGACUAUUGGUGA